AUCGAGGUGGUCGUUGACGUUGUUCCGCGUUGUGACAUUUCGCAUUAUUCGACGUGGAAUGCAAGUUAUAAGAUAGUGCUCGGCACCAUGGUGAAACAUCAGAUUCUACUGUUUGUUUGACAUGUCGAGAUCAACGACACGUGCCGUCUAUCGAACGCUGUGCAUCGUCGUCAAGUGAUCACUCAACUCAGAAAAAUGCACAAGAUUAUUCACAACGGCAUCUUCAUCGCCGCGGUCGUCCUGUGCUCGUUUACUGGACGUACCUUGGCUUCUUAUUGUUAUCCGGAUUACUGUCAGAAUCUGACUCACUUGGAGCCAAUACCGGGUUUCCAAUGCGUACUAACGAAAGUGCAAAAGGGGGAAGAUUGUACAAAGCUGAAAUUUGAGAAUACCGAUGUGAAGUCGUCCAAGCGAGAUUAUCGGACAAUUUUCGUGUUAAAGGCGUAUGUAAUAGACUUCGGCGAUUUCUAUGGAAGAACGACUGCGUUUAAUUUAUCGGUCUCGGAUAUCAAUUUUCAUAGGUUAAUCACGCGUUAUCAAAAUAUCCUCAACAAGCGCGAGAGCGCGUGUAGACGGAUAGAGUUGUAUGGGAACGCCAGCCAUCCCGCGCCCAAGGAAUUACACGUGUCUUGCCCGUUCUCUGAGGACACGUACGAGGGCUCCUCGUAUAGUUUGGAGUAUCUUGCGAUCGGGGAUAAUUAUGCGUACACUGGAACGUACGUAUUCUACGUGCCGCGGCACGAGCAUUUCGGUACUCCGGACAUCCAAGUCAAGACGUUCACGCCCUUCGUGUACAUUGACAUCACGGAUCUGUCAGAUCUGUCGUUUUACAUACAACCGCUCCCGCCGAAGUACAACGUGACGGAGUACAGGGCGUGGGUGAUCAACAACGACACGAGGUCGAUCGUUCUCGACACGAUUAUUCCCGCGAGCCGAAACCUCGAAAACAUUCGGUAUAAAUUCUCGGCGCCGGACGGCGUCUAUUUCGUCAGCGUCGCGGUUUUGCAUCCCGAAUGCGACAAAUACGGAUGCGCGAACAGCACGACGCCAUACAUACACAUAAAACAUGUGUCCGAUAAACUGCUGAUUAUGAUAAUCAGCUUAAUAUGGAUACCACCUGUGCUGUUGUACGCGCUGUAUCACGCGUCCAAACUCUACAGAAAGAAGGUUUUAAAGAGAAUGGCAACAAAGCCGAAUUGCUUGCUGGUGUACUCUCCGACGCAUCCAUCACAUGUGAAUGUAAUGGCGGAGUUGACCAAGUAUCUGCAAUGCUGUAGCAUCAAUGCCAUGAUCGACAUUUUCGAUAUUCCAAAAACUGCCAGCAAAGACCCAGGGCUCUGGUGCAAUACCGCGUUUCAAAUCGCGGACGUUGUGCUGAUCGCGACGUCUCCGCCGACAUUCGCGAAAGCCGACGCGACGAUUAUUUAUCGAAACGUAGACAACCACCUGUUGCGACUGCUGAAGGAGAAUUAUCCGCGAAGAAACAAGAGGUACUACGCGAUACAUCUGCCAUACUGCAAACCGGACCAUAUACCGGAGGAGGCGCGGCACUUUAAAAAGUUUUGCAUACCCAAGAAUUUAAUGAGACUUGUGAAAACGAUCUAUGGUAUUUCCUGUCUCCGAUUGAUCACGUCAUCGAAUGAAUCACUGUUGGAGAGUAUCAAGCUCGCCACAAUGAAGAUCUCCGAGGACGAGUCCAAUGCGAUGAAGAACACCGAGGAGACCGACGAUUUGUUACCACUGAAUGUUGUACAAGAGACAAAAGGGAACGCCGAUCCACGUAUCGAAGAACGCCCGCCAGACAUACUGAACGGCGACAUCAUACCUCAAUCUUUCACAACACGUAUCGACGAACUGAAUUUACUCGGUGAGACUGAUGAAAAUAAGUCCUUUGUCAUCAAUUCUGCGAAAAAUGACUGUGAGUUCCGCAUAGAUAAGCUAAAUUUGUAAUUUUUUUCUUUUCUUUGUACGAACAACUCACAUAAGAAAUUGAUUUUCUUAUCAUUUUCUAUUUUGUGUUUGAUUUUGUAUGCGACGAUAGUUGAUUAGAAUAUAAAAAUAAUUUUUUUAUAAA